UGAUCAUCCGGGGAUUUGCUCGCAGACACGAUGAUUCGAAAUUCCACCAAUGCUGAAUCGGUCGCAAUGUUUUGAUAUGGAAUAUGUGUUUGUGAAGACUUUAUUUCACUGAGUUUGGAUAUGAAAAUGGACUCGAGUGAUGACAACAGUGAUAGUGAGCUGUUUUUGUCAGCAGCAGGUGGAGUCAGCAACCUUCCAGAUUUUCCUGUUCCAGAACAGUCUCACUUAAAACCAAAGUUAGAUUCCAUAUUUGCUGAAGUGGAGAAAAAUCUUCCAUCCAUUGACUUUGACCUGUCAGAUGUAAGCUCUGACAAUGAGGAUCAAGAAAUAUUCCACAGAUCUUUGUUCAACACUUCAUUGUUUGAUGAUGACAAAGACCUUGACACAAGUCAGACUGGGGAUUCCUUCUCUGAACUUUUGCGACCAAAUGUCGAAUCUCUGUCCCUCACAAAUAUUAGACUAGAUGUAGAAACUGAGGUUUUGGAGACAUGUGAAAAUGACACAGACACUGCUAGUGGACAGCAACAAAGACCAAAAUACCAGGGAGGAAAAUCCACAAACUGGACAAAGACGGUUAUUGAGGCUCAUGAUGAGAAGGACAAAUUCAAAGAGAGAAAACCUGUCAGUAACAGUUCCACCCAGGUUACCAGUGAAUGUCAGACUGGGGAGGACCUGGCUCCAUUGGCUGGGGCAUUUAGUGCCAUGGAGCAGGAGCUUCUUACCGAGGAGAGAGUGGAAACUGAGAGUGUAGACGAAGAACUGGAAAAACAUGAAAAAGAGUCAACUAGUGAAACAGAUGCCAAAGUCGGCUCUUCAUCGUCUGGGGUGGGGGUGUAUAACUCAGGGGAUAAGCAUAUGAACAGAAUGGUCACCACAGAGGAAAUGAGAAGGAAUGAAAAAGAAUUGGUAUCCAACAUAGUCCCUCCCUCUCCUCCCAAACUCCUCUCAAAUAAUCUUAAUAUAGAUCUGAUUUUGUGUACUCUGGAUGAGGCACACCAGCUGAAUUCAUCUGUCCCUCCUGUAGUUAGAGAAGCCUGGGCAAGACAGCAGAGGAUCCAGUCACUGAUAGGGGCUGGGGAAGGAUCCAACAGAUUUCUUAAUGAACACAAAGAAGAAGAGAAUGUUCGGUCCCAGACUCUGAUCCAGAGAUUAGCUGAGUACUCUAUGAAACAGUCAGGGGAGGAUCUAACUGAUAUCGACCCGAUGACUGGAGCCAGGGCGACCCGGGACAAGGACGCUGACGUCAUUGAUACAGAUAACGGGUCCAGCAGUCCUCUGUUUACCAGGAGGAAACCACCUCCACAGGAGCAGCAUGUAAAGAAAACCACCUCUGCUAGCUGUGGUACCAACACCAGUAACAAUGAUGGUCCAUUGAGGAUUAUAACACCCACACCAAAGAACAAACUGGAGGCAGAAAAAAAUCCAGAACCUAAACGUGAAAGAGAGACUGUAUUCAUCGACCUUAGAAACCAUGACCAAAAGGUCAAAGAGCAACAACAGAGUAUAGAGAGAGUCCAGCAAGUACUUCACAUCAGUCAAGAAAGUGAGAGUAGCAGUGACAGUGAGUCAGAGGAUGAUAUGCAGGCCUGGUUUGAACAGAGGAAGAGGAUGAAACAGACUCUGACCUCCAGAGGAGCCAGUACAGAUAUUCUACCAAAUAAACCCAAACUGGAAAGAUCAGAACCAAUUAAGCAUCCAAACAGAGUAAUUAAUCUAGCAGAACUGGACAACCGACUCGCUGCCAAAGUUAAACCAGAAGAGCCGGAGGAUGAGCUGACAGAAGAACAGAAAGCUGCUAUAGAGAAGGAAAGGAAGAUCAGAGAGGAAGAGAGAGAGAGGCAGAGGAAGAUUGAGGAAGCCAGGAAACAAAGGGAAGAGAGAGAAGCAGAAAGACAAAGUCGUUUACGGUUAGCUAAGAGACUUGAAGUUCUGAAACCAACUGCUUCUGUCAGUGGUAAACAGGACUGUGCUGAGACAACCCCAGUAUUGUUUGACAUUGAGGUGUCCUAUGAGCCAUCCCCUUCUUCACUCCCCCCAUUCCUACCCUCUGACAAAGAAGUUCGACUGCUGACAGUACAUCUGUCUAGUAAUGGAGAAAUUAUUCUACACAGAGGAAAAUCCAAGAGUGUUGACACAGGGCUGGGCCUCUCUGCCUCCUAUACUGUGCUGUUGACCUGGUUAUUGUCCAUGGUCCCUGAGAACUAUGACUUCCUCAUUAAGAAGCCAGAGGAGCUGGAACAGGUGCCCUUUUAUCCCCCUUUCUAUGUGCUCGGGAUGCAGCAGCUAUGGAUGGAUGAAGAUCUAUGCCUUGUGGUUGCUGUUACACCCCAUCCACAGUGUGACUCUAAAAUUAUACCCAAUAAACAGAAAAAAUCCAAAACCAAGCUGAAGGAUGAAGUGAAGAAUAAUUCUCCAUUCCAACAGUUCCUCACCAAAUUCCUCUCUACCAAUACUCUCCACACAGUGUGUCCCUGGUUACAGGCCGUGGUCCCUAUAGACAUUAGCUGCCCCUCCCAAAACCCAGAGGACACCUCCACAUACGUAUACAGGGCCCCUCUACCUAUAAUCACAACCAAACCUCUGUCUACAUUUAUACAGAUGAAUCCCGACCCCAAGGCUGCUCAAAAGGUGUUCAACACCCCUGUGGGCUUCUUCUGGCAGACAGUGGACAACGAGGAAUCUUCAUUUGAUCAUGGACUUAAUGACAGUGAUGUGAAUUAUGACACUCAAGUCACAAUGUCUCUUGUUUACAAGAAGAUUUUCCAGGAACCUCCUGCUAUGUCAGGCAUCUUCAACAAGAUUAUGCAGGAAGGGCUGGAUUUAUCAGGGAUCAGGCUUCUGUUCCCAGUGCAAGAACUUCUGGAUAAGCCAAGUGUGCCAAAUCAGACCGAUCGUGUUCAGUCAAACAUUGAGUUCUUGAACAAAGUAGGGCCAGUAUUGGCCUUAGGACUGCGGGGUACCUUUGCUCGUGCUAUCUGGCUGGAUGCUGUGGGUCCUACAGACCCAGCACUAGCCCGUAAGACUGAUCCUAACUCCCUGUGUGCUUUGUUUGGGGGUGCAUCAAGAGAUGAAUGUUUGUUAUUUACCCCCAGAAAUCCAGCACGAAUCCACUCAGAGCUCACAAGGUGGUUUGCAGGAAGGGUACCACCAGGUGGUGUUAUUGAUGUGGGAACACCUUAUACAAGGAAAGAUCAUCUUAGAUCUGGAAGUCCAAAAGGUCAGAAGGCAAAGAAAGGUUCCUCAAGUUCUGAUUUAUCUGAGGAAAGAACACAUCCAUCUAUUGGCCAAUCAAAGAAGAGCUCCUCCCACCACAGUUUGAGUGACAGCCACACUCAGCACCGCCCACCAGCGGGUCUAACGGCCACUACUAAGAGUGAAAUCAUCCUGGUCAUCUCCCCUGUGGUCAGGCCUCAGUUUAUUGGGGUCAUCAUGGCGUCCUGUCAGAGGAAGGGAUUCAGGAUCAGGGGGGUCAAGAGGCAGAGGCUUACCUCCAAAAAGGUGGCCAGUCUGGGUAUUGACAGUUCUUUGCUGAGCACAUUUUGUCCUGGUGUGUCAGACAUGCAGGUGCCCUCUGCGGCCAAUAAGCAUGCUGAGGCCAUGUCACCAUGCUUCCUUUUGCUGCUAGAGAAAGAGAAUGCUGUACACAAUGCUGCUAGCCUGAUUGAGUCCUGUAUGAUUCAGCUAACUCUGAAAGGACUUAUGGAAAAUAUGCAGAGAACUGUGGAUCACUAUUUGGAGUCAAAGCACAUGUUUUAUUCAGCUCGAUACUCUGACAACUUACUGACCAGUCUUGGAGGGGAUUUCUCUAAGUGUAUAGACCAUGAAAUACAAGUAAAUCCAAAUUUUGUUGUGCCAAAGCUGUAUACAAACCCAGAACUAGAACAAAUUUUGAUACUUUUGCUGCUGGGACAUGAAAUCCAGAAAAACUCAGGGAUGUUUGUAGGUAAACUUUUGGGUAUGGUUCCCUAUGGGAAGCUGACCAGUGUGGUCCCGCUGAAGGAGGGGUUUGAACUGUUAGGGAUGAAAUGGCUCCCUGGACUGACCACCUCCCAGGCUAAGGAGGUGACCCCUUGUGAAGUGGGAGACAGGCUCUGGAAGGAAAAUGUACACACUCUAAUGUCAGAACCUGCUCUUGUGUUGGCACUGAGAGGGAUAGAUGUGUUGAAUGCUGAGGACAUGUACAACACCUGUCAACAAUCGCACGUGUACCUUCCUCAGGUUCGGCAUCACAUUCAAGGCUUUGGAUCCAGGUCUCAUUCAAUAAAGACUGAUGUAAUGACUGAGUCCAUGUUUGAUGUGAUGCUGUCAGGACCACAGCCCAUCACCACUGCUCUGGUCAUCAAACCGCGCGCCGUGAAGAAGCACCUGACAAAGAUUCUCCGUAAGAUCAUGCUGGAGGGCUUCACUGUCGUGGGACUGAGGCUAGCAGUGAUUGAGGAGGAGGAGGAAUUACUCUGCCUUAUCGACGAGGACAGAGAAUUGGAUGCUGAUAGAUUGGAUCAACAUAAGAAGUACUUGAGUUCUGGCCCCUCAUUUAUCCUGGCCCUGGAGAGAGAGAAUGCUGUCAAGAAACUGCUAGAUUUACUGGGGCCCUGUGAUCCCCUCAAUGCUCGCCGCCAGAGUCAGUUCCUGUGGAGGGGAACCUUUGGGAUGGAUAUAGUCGCCAACGGUCUUCAUGGCUCAAAGAAUUUUCCCCAUGCUGUACAGGAACUGAAGAUGUUCUUUAAAGAUGGUCUGUGUUGUAAUGAUUCGGAGGAGCUGAGGGACCUGGAGGGCUUUGAUAAUUAUGAUGAAGAAGAGAUACUAGGUCCAGCAGUGGACAGUCUUAUAGAUGUAUCUACUGGAGACAAAAGAACUGUUCAAGUUACAGACAUGCCUGGAGACAGAGAACACUCGGCUAUUGAGAUCCAGUUGUUACUACAGACUAACUGUAUAGUACUGAAGCCUCCACUUCUGAAGAUCCACGACAGGGGACACUAUGCUUAUGUUGACAUUGUGGAGGAACUACUCAAACAAGAAUUUGAGAUUGUUGGAGCAAGAAUGGUUUGGUUUACACAGGAGCAGGCUGAAAUCUUCCUUCAUAUCAUCAAUGCUGGCAGUUAUAAACAGGUUCCUAUGUUGUUGUCUGGACCCUCCCUUGUCUUUGCACUACAGAGAGACAAUGCUGUACUUUCUUUUGAUGCCAUUCUAGGAAGCAACUUUGGUGCAGAUUCCAUUAUUGGUAAAUAUGGAGGAGGCAUUUUCCGUCCGUCGGACAUAAAACAGGCUCAUAGAAUGCUGGGGUUUUUCUUUGAUGAACUAAUGCCAGGCAGUCAGAUAAAGAUUACCCCUAAAGAAGAACUAGGCCCGCACUGAUCUUCCGUCUCUUGCUCAUAGGAGUUCAUAAUAUCAGUAUUAGCCAGACAAAUUCAAGCAGUUGUUAUUUGUCCUCUUUUCAUACUGUGAUUUUUGUGGUGACUUUCAUUGCUUUGUUUUCUUAGUGGUGCAAAUGAGUUGAAUAGAUUCAAAGCAUUAUUUAACCAUAAAUUUGAAACGUAUUUCCAUUUUUAAAAACAUUUGAUGCAACAUCUAAACGUUUAUAUGAUUAAAAAUGUUUUAAGAAAAAGACAUAUAAGGAGAUAUAAUAUAUGCCAAGUCCAUCUACAUGUAUUAACAAAAAGAAUAAGUACUUUUAAAAUCAAACAUGAAAGUCAAUGUUUGAUUUCUUAAAUUCUAUAUAAACGAUGAAUUAAAAUGCAUUUGAGAAUAAAAUAUGGACAUGCUUCUACACCCACAAUGAUGUUUUACAGUGAACAUCGUAUAUGUUUGUUAUUCUUUGGUUCUGAGGUAUGUUAUUUAUUCAAAGCAAUCAAAUUCAAUUGAUACAUGUCGAAAAUUUUCUCUCUAAAAAAGAAAAUAAGAAGGUCUUGUCUUUUUAGGGGGUAUUUACAAAAUGUAAAAUGUGAUAUAUAAUACAUAUCAUAAACUUCAAUCACCAGUUUUUUUUAAAAUCAAAACCUCCUGACCUAAAAGAUUAUUUGUGAUGCAUCAUUUCCGUCCACUAUUUUAUAUUUAUGCAUUUAUAUAUUAUUGUAUACGUUUACAUUUGAUGUUUAUUUUACUUUUCCUUUGAAAUGUUUGGUGUUCGUGUUCAUUUCUUUUAAGAUUUACCUUCAAUACAUUGUUUUUAAGAAAAUUACCAAUAUCUUUGUGA